GCUGGAGGACCCAGUCCCUGGGGACAAUGCCUGGACACCAGGCCUGGGGACAUGUGGAAGCUGGUGAAGGAGCUGCCACAGAGGCACAUGGACAGGGAGAGCGCAUCUAGGGUGGGAUCCCUCAGACACCCACAGCAACCUGACAAUGUGCCAGGCCCCUUGCUGUGCAUCCAGGGAGUGACAGGAUCAAGUGCCCAGGCAGGCAUGUGCUUUUUGUGGAUCUUGCUCCCACAGGGUGCCACCCUCUACCACCCCAGAUGGGCACAGCAGUCUCGGCAUGAACCACAGUUCAUCUGAACCCUGUGUGUCUCCCAAUGAGGGGCCUGGGAUGGCCGUGUGUGGAGUCUGGCUGUUGGGUCUGGCAGGAUCAGAGUGAGGAGCAGCCAGAGGGGACGCAGCCAUUCCUGCCUGACCCAACAAGGAGCCUGGGAUGAAUGGCUCGGUGGUGGGAUCGCUGCUGGUGGAGCACCCGGGCAAGUGCAUGCCCAACAAUCCGGUGCAGUUCGUGCUGGUGCCUGUCGUCUACUGCCUGGUGCUGUGUGUGGGACUGCCAGGCAAUCUGCUGGCAUUGCUGGUCUUCCUGCAGAGUGGCAAAGUGAGGAAGGCCAUCCGUAUCUACCUCAUCAACCUCACACUGGCUGACAUCCUCUUCAACCUCACGCUGCCCCUCUGGAUCCACUACUACCUGGCUGGGGGGGACUGGCUACUCUCGGAGGCCGCCUGUCGCCUGGCCGGGGCCGCCUACUACCUGGCGACCUACAGUGCCAUCACCUUCAUGGCGCUCAUCAGCUUCAACCGGUUCUGCGCGGUGCGGGUGGCGCGGCGGGUGCUGCUGCUGACAGGGCCCCGCAGCGCCGCACUGGCCUGUGCCCUGGCCUGGCUGCUGGGGCUGGGCUGUGCCGUGCCCACCCUGGCCACCCACCAGACCUUCCCCACCCAUGCCGGGACCACCGCCUGCUUUGAGCAGCACGGGCGGCAGCGGCACUAUGCCUAUGCCAUGGUGGGUUUCUUCGCCGCCGCCUUCCUGGUGGUGCUGGGAACCUAUGCCUCCAUCGUCCGGGCGCUCUCGGUGCCUGCCGCCGCCUCACCAGGCUCCCACCGGCAGCAGGCCCGUGCCAUGGUGUUGGGAAUGCUGCUGGUCUUUGUGGUCUGUGUGGCCCCCUACCACCUGACACUGGCCCCCUGGGUGGGCAGCCGGCUCCCUGCACCACUUUGUGGGCCCCCUGACACUCUGGAUGUGCUGCACACACUGACUGUGGCCCUGCUCAGCCUCAACAGCUGCCUGGACCCCCUCAUCUACUGCUUCUCCAUCCGGCGCUUCCGCGCCGACCUGGAUCAGACCCUGCGCAAGAUCGGCCGGUGCUUCCCGCUGCCCCCGUCGGCCCCGCCCGGGCCAGUGCCUGGUGCCCGAGCAUCCUCCUUCACCUCCUCGUAGUGGUGUGGGUCCUGCCCCCGCCUGCCCCGGUGGGAUGUGGUCCCUGUUGCCAGGUGAGGGAUCAGGAGCAGCGUGGGGAGUGCUCUGGCUUUGUGCACCCCCCUCCUCCCACUCCGCUCUGCUCUCUGUGCGUUCCCACGCGCCCACAGUUCCUGCUCAAGCACAGAUCCUGCCCCCCGCAUUGCAGGCACUGGCAGGGCGUCACUGGCACUGGGAGAGCGGCACUGGCACUGGGAGAGGUCUCGCUCAGCAAUGGGAGCUGAGCCAUAGGGAUGUGUGGGAAGACAGAAUGGUGAGGAAUGCUCAGUGGUUGCUGUCGUCUCCCAGGGGCUCCAUCCUGCAGGAACAUGCAUGACCGAAGACCUCCAUGGCAUGAGGUGGGCUGUUGAGGGAGCUGUUUGAGGUCAGUCCUGUCCUGCAACGUCCCUAAGCCUCAUGCCUACACCCCUCCUGCUCUUGGCCAGGAUUAAAAAU